AUGGGCCAGGACUACACGAUCCAGGAGUCAACACGGUUAAUCUUUUAUGUGUACCGCGAGUCCCACCGCGAGGCCAAGCGCGAGGUCGACGUCGAGAAGUUGACGUGCUUGUGCACUUACCGGGAGCAGACACAAAUGCCUUGCAAGCACCUCGUCCGUGCGCUCGGGCACGUCGAUACGCUUCACCGCAUCGCCGAGUGCUUCAACGAGAUGUACAAGUUCGAGAACUACAAGCGGGCGGUCGAGGCUGUCUCCUACCGCUUGCCACUGUAUGCCGACCGCAAGCCCGAAGGUUCCAUCCUCCCACCCAAGGACGUUGCAAGAGCGGGCCGAACGCAGUACUUCCAACCCGACGUGCCAAGGACGUACGAUCACAUUCGAGUUUGCAACCUCAUCCACGCAAGCCACGACGAUAAAGCCAUGCUCAACGACGAGACCGACUACGGCGACGUCGACGAAGAUGGUUUCGAGCUAGGAGGCACCGGCCUCGAGUCCAUUUUGGCUUUACUAAACGAAUAA